CAUUCCAUAUAGUAAUAAGUUUGUUAAUAUCACAAGUAAGUAAAAGAUCUAAAAUGGCUUCUGAUCCAGUGCCUGGCGCCGGUGGCUAUACUCCAGUUAAGGAUCCUCAAAGUCCACGCAUGAAAGAAUUAGCAGAAUGGGCAGUAGCAGAUUACAACAAAAAAGAAGGAACACACUUGAGGUUCGUUUGUAUAUUGGAGUGCGAGUCGCAGAUUGUGGAAGGAGUCAACUACCGCUUUAUCUUGAAGGCUACUGAUGAAAAGGAUAACGAAGGAAACUAUGAGGCUAUUGUCUGGGAGAAAACAUGGGAGGAUUUCAAGGAGUUGGUUUACUUUAAGCAACUUUUAUUGGCUGAAUCAUGAAUAUAAGAAAACUCCUACUUUCGAUUUACCUGCUUUUAUGCAUUAUAUGUAUGUGUGGCAUACUUCCCCUUUAUGGUCCAUCCAUAUAAUGGGAUAAUAAAAUAAAAGCUAUCUUUGGCUUAGUUGCACUACCUAGUGCAAAGUUGUGGACUAGUUAAGUCGAUAAUUAUUAUCUGAAUUUGGGAUACAAUGGAGGUGAGAGUGAAAUUGUGUU